AUGAGUAGUGGUUACAUUAUCCUUGAACUCAACAUUCGGGACGGCCUGCUCCAAUCUCUGCGCAGUGUCGCACCCUGGGCUCGUCUGUCGACUAUACAAAAGACUGUCAAUGCGCUUGCCACGCCGGCUUUGAGCAUACUACGUGAAGAAGCUGCACGCUCCAAUCGCCCCAACAAUCCACCGCUGACACUACUGACACUACCUCCUGAGCUCCGCAACCGCAUCUGGAAAAUCUGCGUCGUGGACCAGCCGGAUAAGAAGAGGCAGCAUGGCCAUGGUAUUCAAAUCACCAAGGCUAGAAACGUCCAUUUGGUGACAGGUGUCACUCCCUCCGCUCUAGAGAGAUGCGUCAAGCAACCUGCGAUCUCUCGAGUCUGCAGACAGAGCAGGGUCGAGACGCUGCCGAUAUUCUACGGCUUGAACACGUUUAUGUGGCGAAGGAUGUAUCGGGACUGGUGUGCGAAGGUCUACGGCACACUAUUGACUGCUCCUGGUGCUGAAGGUCGUACUGACACCACGACGUUGUCUGAUGCAGCGGUGUUGAAGUGGCUGAAUGCUAUCGGGGAUGGGAACCGAGCAGGUCUCAAAAGUCUUGUGCUUCAGUGGUAUGCUGUUGACUUGCCAGAGAAGCGUGCUGCAGAGAUCGAGGUUGCCAGGCUAGUCGAUACUGGCAAGACGGACGUCAAGUGGGAGUGUGUUGAGACCGGCAAGGAGUUUUGGUACAACGUGGCGAUCGGAUGUUGA